CCCCAAUCCCCCCCAUAUGCGGCAAAAUGAGAGCCAAAAACCGCGCAUGCAAUCAUUUCCCUUGCACACGAAGCUCAGGACCCUACCCCCUCUCUUACUAGAGAGUACCGACUGUACUGUACUUUCUCUACCGAGCUUCCUUUUUGCGCCGUACACACCCACAGUAUACAGUCCUUGCCAUCCAUGUAGUCGAUCCGUGGCUGUGCCCGUUCCCCAUCCCCAUGCGGCUUUGCCUUUUUCUGAAGUAAUCUGUAGCAGGUUCAUUUCCCCCGUCUGUGUCGGUCUCUGUCUCGCUUUUUUUUUUUUUCCUCGCGCUGGUUUUUCCCGGCCAUAACUUUUGAUUGUUUGCUCUUACCCUAUAAAUCCUCUGCCCCGAUCCGCCUGGGAAAUCAUGGCCGCCUCUAUUCCACUCCAAUCUUCCUCCAAGGGAUGCUCAUCGACGGUGAAAAGUGGGCCUGUGAAGCUUGCGUUCGCGGUCACCGAGUGACGACCUGCAAGCACCAUGAUCGACCGUUGAUUCACAUCAACCGAAAAGGCCGGCCCUUUGCAACCUGCUCGGUCUGCAACUGCACCCCGUGCGAGGCGCCCGAGGAGCACGCCAAGCUCAAACGUGAGGCCGACGCCAAAUGUCAAGCAUCAAAAAGAGCCGCUGGCAGAUCUCCUCGUUCCACAUCGGUGGGCUCAUUGAAGCCGAUUGCGCCGCGUCCUGCGCCGUCGUCCACGGGCGGCUGCGGUAGCAGCAGUGGUGGUGCGGGUGGUGCUGCCGCCGGACUCAGACGCGCUUCCCACUCGCCUCCGACAGGGGAUCAUCGCCCUCGAUCCACCCUCUCCGCCAGCCCACCACCACCACCCCCCCAAUCUCAGCUGUACCAACAGCAGCCGCAGGCACCGGGUCACGGUCAAGGUCACGGUCUCAUCCCCGGUACCCCCGGCGACAGUCCCCUGUACCUGCCCGGCCCUGCCUCCGCCUACCCGCCGUCCCCGACGUACUGCACGAUCGGCGACGGCAUGCCCGGCUCGCUGAGCAUGGUCAAUCCGCUCGAUUUCGAGGGCGGGAUUGGGGUUUCCUUCGCGGACAGCGCGUCCGCCGCCGCCAUCUACGCCCUCGAGGACCUGGACGUCAAUUCUCUGCCGGUGGAUGUCUUUCAGGGGGAUUGGUCGUGGUUGGCGGAUGAGGCGGCGCUGCGGGAUGCGGUAUAA